AUGAAGAAGCUGCUAAUACAGCAUGGAGAUAAUGAAACAAUUGGAAAUUUAGUGCAGUCAGAGAAACAACCUUGAAAAACCAUCUAUGACUGUAAAAUUUAUAAAGGUGACGAUUUAUGCUGGAUUGAACAAAAAAAUCAAGAAGGUAGAAGUAGGAGAAAAGAUAGUAGUGAUGAGGCUGUACAAAAUAAACCUCUGAUAAGAAUAGCAGUUUUAAUAAUAGCUAACCACUUAUGAAUAGGAGAUGUUAGGGAAAGAAAACGUUUAAAAUUUCAAUUUUGUAACCUAUACGGAGAAAAUGGAAUCAGGCUAAUUCAUAUUUUUACGUAUUUUUAUCUUUUAAUUAGUGUAAAUUUGUAUUGUAAAAGUAAUAAAUUUGCUUUACUGUUAUAUUUAAAAAAUCUAUUUAUUAUAUGCUCAUAA